GUCGCCGCCGCCUCUUUUAUCCAGAAUGUCGUGCUUCAAAUCCAAAUUCGCCGAUGAGCUCAUCGCCAAUGCCGCUUACAUCGGUACACCAGGAAAAGGUAUUCUCGCUGCUGAUGAAUCCACAGGAACAAUCGGAAAACGUUUCGCAAGCAUUAACGUUGAGAACGUUGAAUCAAACAGACGUGCUCUUCGUGAGCUCUUGUUCACCACUCCUGGAGCUCUCCAAUACAUCAGUGGUAUCAUCCUCUUCGAAGAAACACUCUACCAGAAAACUGCUUCAGGGAAACUAUUUGUUGAUGUAAUGAAGGAAGCUGGAGUGCUUCCAGGUAUCAAAGUCGAUAAGGGAACCGUUGAGCUCGCUGGUACAAACGGCGAAACCACAACCAUUGGCCUUGAUGGACUUGGUGACCGUUGCAAGAAAUACUACGAAGCUGGUGCACGUUUUGCAAAGUGGCGAGCUGUUCUCAAAAUCGGAAACAAUGAGCCUUCUGAGUUGGCUAUCCAUGAGAAUGCUUAUGGUUUAGCGAGAUAUGCAGUUAUUUGCCAAGAGAAUGGUCUUGUUCCCAUUGUUGAACCAGAGAUUCUUGUUGAUGGAUCUCACGACAUUGAGAAAUGUGCUUAUGUUACAGAACGAGUUCUUGCGGCUUGUUACAAGGCUCUUAGUGAUCACCAUGUGAUCUUAGAAGGAACACUUUUGAAACCAAACAUGGUUACUCCAGGUUCUGACAGUGGUUCUAAAGUUAAACCAGAAGUGAUCGCCGAGCACACAGUCCGUGCUUUACAGAGGACGGUUCCUGCAGCGGUUCCAGCCGUUGUGUUCUUGUCUGGAGGACAGAGUGAAGAAGAAGCAACUGUGAAUCUAAACGCUAUUAAUCAGCUCAAAGGGAAGAAACCAUGGAGCUUGACGUUUUCGUAUGGACGUGCGCUUCAACAGAGUACACUCAAGGCUUGGGGAGGUAAAGAGGAGAAUGUUGAGAAGGCUCAAAAGGCGUUCUUGGCUCGAGCCAAGGCUAACUCUGAAGCAACCCUUGGUGGCUACAAGGGUGAUGCUCAGCUCGGUGAAGGUGCUUCCGAGAGCCUUCACGUCAAAGACUACAAAUACUAGAAGGUUAUUUUUGGAAUUUCAAUAUUUUUUGGAGUUUUGGUUUUAUUGUACUGAUUAUAUAAUGUGACGUUGUAAUUAUUUGUUUUGGUGUUCUUUUUGUGGGUUAGAUGUUUUUUUGAGUACUUGGGCAUAUGAUAUGUAGCCUGGGAUAUGUGUAAAGUGUUUAUGAUAAACCCUUAUCGUUGUAAAAUUUUGUUGUAAAUUAUUGAAAAAGGAUGUAUAUAAGUUAACAUCUAAUAAAAUUCUAUUAUGUUC